UUCGUUCGGCCAGUCGUGCUGUGGCGGCUGCGAUCGCGCGACGUCACCUCCGGACGUUCUCUAUCCACCCUUUCGCGCCCUUCGGGACUUCCGGCGAACACGGGGGCGAGAAAGGACGACGGAAAAUUUCGUCCACGCGAGAAAGGAGAUUUUGAAAUCGCCCGACGAUUUUUCAACCCCCGAUUUUUCGGCCCUUUUAAUCGAUCGCCGAUCGAGGUCGAAGGACCUUCGGAAUUGAGAAAGCGAGAUGCGUCGCGAGGGAGGCUUUCUUCGAAUCUCGCGGAUUUAUUUCGGAUAGGAAAGAGUGCUUCUUCUGUCCCGAUCUGUCAUCGUGACUUGGAAAUCGGAGGAGAUCGCGCGUGGACUCACGUGGAGCGGAACUGUCAAAUCGGGAAUGACAGGAGGCGCCGAGGAUUCUCGCCGAUCGCGGCUUGAAUUCGCGAGAAACGAGGGCGGGAAAACGCAAUAAACGCCAACGCUCGAUUUUUCACCCCGUCGCCGCGCCGGGGAGAGAAAGUAAAAGACGAGAAGGCAACGAGAGGGAAAGUCCUGAAAAGGGAGAGAGAGAGAGAGAGAGAGAGAUUCCGUUUGUUCCUCUCGUCGGAAAAUCGAUUAGCGCGAAAUUCCUGGAGGAAAUUCCUCCGACUUUCGAUUCUUGCGAUCCCGAACGAUUUUUCGCCCGUAUAUCGCUGUCAAGAGCGGCGCAUGACGCGAGAUAUCGAUCGAUAAGACGAUUCGACGUGGAAAGGAUAUAAAAAAAAAAAAAAAAAAAAAAAACAGUGGGAAGAUCGAUUUGUGUUUAUUGUUCGGAAAUUGCGAGAUCAAACGGAAAGGAGCGACGAAUUUUGGAAACCACCCCCACAGUUUUCUCUGCUGCAUCGCUGGAUUCCGAAUGGACCAAUUAGCAUCCUGUCAUAAUGAGGAAUUUCACCGAGACGCGGCAAUUAUCGGAGGAAUAUUUCUCGCGCGAGUUCUACGUCCUACGACACCUUUGAUCCUGAGGAGUUCGGAAUAAAAAUAAUGAAAGAGAUCCAGCGAAGCGGCUCAUCGUCGCGCCUCAUCGUCGAAUCGUCGUCGUCACUUUGAAAUUCAAAACAAGACCGCAGUCUCGAUUCUAAAGCCGGAUCACGAUUACCACCGCCAUCAGCGAGCUCGUUAAACCCCAUCUCGGUGAAAUUAAAUCCGUUUAACCGCUCGGAAAUUUACCUGCUCUCGAAAGAAGAAAAAAAGAAGAGUCGUGAGUCUCGAUAAAAAAAACGGAUGAAAUAGGACGACUGCGAAGAAAAAGAAGAAGAAGAAUCGGAAAUUCAAGGGAAUCCUAACUCGAGAAGAGGAGUAGACUCCUAGAUGGCCCCGACGACGCCGAAUAAUUGUUCCGGAACCUGAGUCUUCCGAUAUUCGAUUCCGGAACCGUUUAUCGGAACAGUCCGAGGAUAAUCGCAUCGGAUGCGAAGCUUCAAGUCCUCCUGGAGAGGAUCUCGGAGAGGAUUUUGUGUUCUUGUCUAGCUGGCCUUUGAAGUGAAAAAACGAGGGAACAAAAACUUGGCAAGAGGAUCCGAAAAACAAUAUAUAUAUAUAUAUAAACACGAUUUAAGAAAUCUUCAGAGGAAGCUAAAGUGAAGAAAUCGUAGAAGAGGGAAUCGACGUCGAUUCUCCCGGGACUUCUACCGGAAACCAUUCGACAGGGAUGCGGAAGGGUGCGUGUCGCCCGAGGAAAGGUCAAAAAGCACAAGUUCGCGGUCGGUGCUCGUACACCCGGAAUCGAUGGCGAGGAAUCCGGCUUCUUCCGGAUGCGGAGGCCCGUCGAGGAGGAUCCCGUCUGCGGAGAACGCGACUGGAAACAACCUUGAAGGAUCCAACACGUUAGUAAGGAAUUAAGACGGAUUCGAGAUUGAUGCGAGAGACAUGAGAGAGAGCUGUUUCAUCCGGAAAUAGGUGAUAAGAGACCAAGAGUCUUCACCUUGACAGAUGUAACGCGGACGAGGUGGAUCGAAGAUCCUAGAUUCCGACGAAGCUAGGACUGCGAAGCAGACCGCAGCUGGCGAGCUUAAGAUGCGCGAGCGCGUGCCUUGGCCCUCCUUGCUGCUCCUGACCUUGUCGCUGCAGCGGCUAUCAUCGGUGUCCUUGGCGCAAUCGAGGACGCACAGCGAGGCGGUGCUGAUCCCGGGCGACAUCGUCCUGGGCGGGUUGUUUCCGGUGCACGAGAAAGGCGGCGGAACCGCGUGCGGACCCAACAUUUAUCAUCGGGGGAUGCAGCGUCUCGAGGCGAUGCUCUUCGCCGUCGAGAGGAUCAAUCAGGAGAAGGAGAUGCUGCCGGGCGUCACCCUGGGGGUGCACAUCCUAGACACGUGCGGCCGCGACACGUACGCUCUGAAUCAGAGCCUGCACUUCGUUCGGGCGUCCCUGUCCAACAUCGACAUCAGCGUGCUCGAGUGCGGUGACAGGUCGACGCCCAGGGUGAAGAAGACCGCGAGCGCGGGACCCAUCUUCGGGGUGAUCGGCGGAUCCUACAGCUCGGUCUCGCUCCAGGUGGCGAAUCUCCUCAGGCUCUUUCACAUCCCCCAUUCGCCGGCCUCCACCGCCAAGGCGCUCAGCGACAAGACCAGGUUCGAUUACUUCGCGAGAACGGUACCGCCGGACACCUUCCAGUCGAUCGCGCUGGUGGACGUGGUGAAGAGCGCCAACUGGUCGUACGUCUCCACCGUUUACUCGGAGGGCAGCUACGGCGAGUACGGCAUCGAGGUGUUCACCCGGGAGGCGACGGAGCGAAACGUCUGCAUCGCGGCUGCGGUCAAGGUGCCCAGCGCUGCGGACGACAAGAUGUUCGACGAGAUCAUCCAACGUUUGAGCAAGAAGCCGAACGCCCGCGCGAUCGUCCUGUUCACCCGGGCGGAGGACGCCCGCGGCAUCCUCGAGGCCGCCAAACGAUUGAACCUCAGCCAGCCCUUUCAGUGGUUGGCGAGCGACGGAUGGGGUCGACAGAGCAAGUUGAUCGAGGGCCUGGAGGAGGAGGCCGAGGGUGCCAUCACCGUCGAGCUGCAGUCGAAGAAAAUUCCCGGCUUCGACGACUACAUGGCGCGACUCACCCCCGAUAACAACCGGCGAAACCCCUGGUUCGGCGAGUACUGGGAGGAGGUGUUCGACUGCACCCUGCGGAGGAAGGCCCUGAGUCAGCAGGGGGUGAGUUGGAAGCACGCGGGUUCCGGCAAUCAUAGCGUCUCCUGGUGCUCGCCCUGGCUCAGACUCGACAAGGACAGCGGCUACGAGCAGGAGUCCAAGGUGCAGUUCGUCGUCGACGCGGUUUACGCCUUCGCCCUGGCCCUGCACAAUCUGCGCCGCGACCUCUGCCGCGAUCGCGAGGAGGGCCUCUGCUCGUCGAUGGCCAACUACGACCGCGGCGCCUUCUAUCGGGAUUAUCUGUUAAACGUGUCUUUUAGAGACAUUGCCGGAAGUGAGGUGAAGUUCGACAAGCACGGGGACGGUCUGGCGCGAUACGAGAUCCUGAAUUUUCGCAAAGAGGCGAACAACAAUGGGACGAACGGCUAUCAGUAUCAGGUGGUGGGCAAAUGGUACAACUCCCUGGACAUUCGCACCGAGGAGAUGGUGUGGGCGCGAGGAACGAAGGACAUACCUAUCUCCGCGUGCUCGCUGCCCUGCGAGCCAGGUAUGAUAAAGAAGCAACAGGGUGACACUUGUUGCUGGGUGUGCGACCAGUGCGAGGCGUACGAGUACGUCUACGACGAGCACACCUGCAUGGACUGCGGCCCGGGCCGCUGGCCCCACCCCGACAAGCGGGGCUGCUACCAGCUUCCGAUCAAGCAUAUCAGGUGGAGCAGCGCCUUCGCCAUCGCGCCCGCGGUGAUAUCCUGCCUGGGGAUCGUGGCGACUCUGGCGGUGGCGUGUCUGCUCUUCCAACAUCGCGACACCCCGGUGGUGCGCGCCUCGGGACGGGAGCUGACCGCGAUCCUGCUGGCCGGGGUGCUGGUCUGCUACCUCAACACCUUCGUGCUGCUCGCGACCCCGACGACGGCGACCUGCGUUCUCCAGCGCUUCGGGGUCGGCGUCAGCUUCAGCACCGUCUACGGCGCCCUGCUCACCAAGACCAACAGGAUCGCCAGGAUCUUCGACUCGGCCUCGAGGUCCGCGAUCAGACCCCGGUACAUCAGUCCGACCUCCCAGGUCUGCAUCGCGGCCGCCCUUAUCGCCUUCCAGGUGGUGCUCACGCUUGUCUGGAUGAUCAUCGAGCCGCCGGGCACCAGGCACUCGUACCCGGAUCGCCGCCAGGUGAUCCUCAAGUGCAACAUCCAGGACAUGAGCUUCCUCUUCUCCCAGCUGUACAACGCCCUGCUGAUUCUCAUCUCGACCGUCUACGCGGUGAAGACCCGCAGGAUACCGGAGAACUUCAACGAGAGCAAGUUCAUCGGCUUCACCAUGUACACCACCUGCAUCAUCUGGCUCGCCUUCGUGCCGAUCUACUUCGGCACCGGGAACUCCCACGAGACCCAGAUCACGACCCUCUGCGUCGCGAUCAGUCUCAGCGCGUCCGUCACCCUGGUCUGCCUAUACUCGCCCAAGGUCUACAUCAUCGUCUUCCAGCCGGACAAGAAUAUACGCGGCAAGGUCUGCAUGGGCAGCACCUUCAAGAAGCAGGGCAGCAGCGCCGGCGCCUCGUCCAUGACCAAGUACACAGGCUGCGAGUCGGCGAGCGAGAAUGUGCCCCUGCAAAGCGCCCUAACCGCGACGGUGAGGACAUCCGUGGGGGUCACCGAGAUCUCGUUAACGUCCAGCACCACCAGCAGAACUAAUAACGAGCAAGUGGCACAAUUGUAGACGUAUAUACACAUAUGAAGUUGAAGGCGGAAAGAUUAUAUAAGAUUGAUAAGGAAUAUUAUAUAUUGUAUAUUCUUCGACCCCUCGAGUAGCAAAUUGACGUCAUUCGAUGUCUAAUGACGUCAUUCGACGCCUAACGACGUACACUUGCUACUUGGGCCCCGUCGAUUUUUAAACUUUAAUUUCUUUAUUAAAGGAGAAUAAUAAUUGAAUUAAAAUUUGAAAAUCGACAAAAUAUAUGACGGGGACGCUGAGCGUCUCGCGAUUAUCAUCGUUAUAUCGUUCGCAACAUUGUCUAUUGUCUAUUGUCAAUCAAAGGAGGAAAGAGAGAGAAAAGUAUCGAGAUUAUAUACUGAUCGUUACCACGUGAUCGCAUAUUGUCGUUAUUGUUACUGUUAUUGUGUAAUAAAUUAUAACGCAUAUACACAUAGGGGACAUAUACACAUACACACAGAGCCACACAUGUACGUGCAUUUAUCGAUUAUCAAGUUGAUAUAUACCGAGUGAUCCACUAAUUCUAGUCGAGCACCUCACUAAUGUAUGAUUUUGAAUUGCGCGAGAUAUAUGUAUAUGUAUAUGUAAGUGUGAGUUUUCGCAUCGAUUUGACUUAUAUAUAUAUAUUUGUUCGUCUUAUUUAUUUCUUUAGUUAUCUCCGUGGGAGGAUGUUUAACGUCCUCUGAGAAAAAGAGAGAGAGAGAGAGAGAGAGAGAGAAAAGAGCUUUUUGACAAGAUAUAUCGUAUACACAGCGGACAAUAAAUAAAUGUACUUAAAGCGAGCGCAAUUAUCGGAGUAAACCCUCCAGUAUCGAGUGUAUUAAUCGAGAAUACAUUGUUCCCACCCGGUUGUUUCUCAACCUCCCUUUUCGUACUUGUUAUUGUAAUAAUCUCGACUCGCGAAACUGAUCAAACGUCUCGGAGAAAAUUUCAAUCAAUUAUCUAUAAACGUAUAGACAUUUAAAAAAAUAUAUAUAUAUGUAUAUGUAUGUAUAUAUCAUUUAUAAUCUCUGGUAUACAUAAGAUAAAAAAAUAAUAGUGUCGCAUGUAUCUGCAUCUCUUUUGUCAGCCUUCUUGUUAUUAAAUUAUAAAAAAUUCUCUACAGAAUUUUGUGUUAAACGUUUGAUCAAUUUUGCGAGUAAUUGCAAGAGGAGCGUUAUUAUUGUAUUAUCGACGAUCAAAUCGCUCGACUCCCGCGGUCGCUGAAGCCAAAGCGACGUACAAAAAAAAUGAUAUCUUUUCUAUUGUAACGAGCGCGCGUGGUGCGAGAGAGAAGAAAAGAGAGAGAGAGAGAGAGAGAGAGAGAGAGAGAGA